AUGCCUUCUAUUCAAACUUUUGCUUUGACUUACGACGCGCUGAAUGAGUACGGGACGUUUUCGGAGGGGGACACUAUAACGGGAAAAGUAAUACUGUCCUUAAUAAAGGCAACAUCAGUUCAAAGCUUCUUCAUUAAAGCAAAAGGAGACGCUGAUGUGCGCUGGACAAGAAAACAUGGCGAUCGCACUCACACGUACUCUGCAAACCGAAGAUAUUUUAAAUUGAAGCAGAUCAUUAUCCCAGAGAGCUCAAAUGAAACCGUAAUUCCCAAAGGCAACCAUGUCUAUAAUUUCCGCUUUCACAUACCAUCAGUAAGUAUGCCUUCAUCCUUCAAGGGGAGACACGGGAAGAUCAUUUACUCGCUUGAAGCAAAGAUGUCCAGGAGUUGGAAGAUGAACCGUUCUGUCGAAAAAGAGAUCAAUUUUGUCUCCAAAUCCAUCCCAAACCUUCAAUAUCUGAUGUCACAUCAAGCUGGUUCAACACAGAAAGAGAUGGGGCUUUUCUCAACAGGACAAGUGCAAAUGGAUGUCAUUGUUGACAGGAGGGCUUAUGCCCCAGGAGAACCAGUUACGAUUGUUGCAAAAGUCAAGAAUUCCUCAUCCAGAGACAUGAUACCCAAAUUCAGUAUAAUCCAGGAUGUGGUGUACCGUGCCAACAGCAGCAACAGACGUGACGACUUUGUUGUCCAGAAAUUUGUUGGCGUCGGUAUUAAACCCCAUACACAGCAGGAGGUCAAGUGUGUAUUAAGGAUUCCCGGUGAUCAGAUGCAGACAAUCCAGAAUUGUGAAAUUAUCUCUGUGGAAUACCAUCUAAAGGCGUCUUUGGACAUUAGCUUUGCUUUUGAUCCAGAGAUCAGGUUCCCAUUGGUCAUUAUUCCUCCUGACCUAGCUCCUAGCCGUCAGCCUGGUGUUUCCAUGGGUCCCUACCCCCCUGUGGGGGGCCCAAGCAACAGCGACUUUCCCUCCUCUCCAGUGGCUGCUGGUUGCCAUCCUGUUUCCCCACAUUCAGGCAGUCACAGAUGGCCAGGAGCCCAACGGUACUCAGUACCAUCACGUGCUUACUCAGAUCGGCAACAGGUGCAUGCUGGUUCACCCAGAAUGUACCCUGCUCAGCCCAACCAUAUGAGUGGGGGUUACAAUAAUCCAGUGCCACGGCAGGCUUCUCCAUAUGCAUCCCCGUUUUCAUCCGCAUCAUCUUCUCCUGUACUUCACCCACCGCCUUCUGCCCCAACUUUUCAUCCACUCCCAUCUGCUCCAGCAAUUAACCCAUCCCCUUCACUAACAUUCAACACAUCCCCAACUGCUCCGUCAUACAACCUGCUGCCUUCUGCACCAAUGAUGAACACAGACUUCCUGUCUCAAAAUGAUGAAGCUCCACCAGCUUAUUCACUUCUUUUCCCAUCCUCUCCUAUGAAUAACUCUGAUGCAAAUCAAUAGA